AUGCCCACCGUAAUAUUACUCGAUGUUUCUAUGUCAAUGUCAAGGCGAACCAUCGGUGUUAAUGGUCGUAAAACGGACACACAAUUGAAACAACUAGCUGAACAUGGAAUAUUGUUUUUCCUAGAUGAACUGGCUGAGAGAUGCAAACUGGAGUUCUCUGCCCUAGUCAUUUUCUCCUCUCUCUGGGAAAUUGUCGUUCCAUUCACGCGAGAUUUCAGUGCUCUCAAGGCUGGUUGUUUAGACCUAGAUGUUUAUGAUAAAACCCGAAUUGAAAAUGCCCUUCAUGGCGUCCAGAACCUUGUAAUGGAGGAAUGGGGAGGAUUUGUCCCAAUCAAUUUGAUUCUUGUCACUGACGGACGGGUUGGCACAGGUUCAUGCUCACUCAAGGAGUCCUUGAGAAAACAGAAAACCGGCGAAUCUGAUUUCCCAUUACCUUUUAAUUUCCCCUGUAAUUUAUCAGUGGUUUGCUUGAGUGACUCACGCUUCGAUGAGAGUUUCACAGAAAACAUGAACUGUUACAAAGAACUGAUCAAUCUUAAUAAUAAUAAUGGAGAGAUUUAUAUCCCGGAAAUUCCACUCACAGAGCUACAUAUUGAGCACGUUUUUAAAAAGAUUAUUCAACUUCACUAUGAAGGCUACGAUGGUAUGUUGACGUGUGGCAAUUUGAAGUCCUCUAUAACCUUAUCACCAAGUCCUAGCUUUAAAAGCAGUUGGCUAAGCCUUCUGAAUCUUUACAGGCCAGAAAAGAAGAAUCUUUCACAGCUGAAAAUACCCAAUGAAAUAAAAACUGUGGGUUUUUUAGACAUUCCUGAUAUUUCGAACCCCCCGUAUAUAAGCAGACAUGUUGUUAUCCCAGUGCCAAAGCAAAACCAAGACUUGGAAAAUGGCUGCAAAGUUACUCAAGUGACUGCAACAGAUGACGAUGCCAGGAAUCCAUCCUUUUGUGUCCUUUUGCAUGGCAGUUUGAAAAUUGAGAAGAUGGUUGCUAUUGUUCAGCUUGGAACAGAUUGGUUUGGAAUGCUCCACUCAUGGUCCGAUAAUAGGAAAAAGUCAACACUCAUGCUUUCAAUAUUUGAGCCAAAUGUAUCAAUAUCAUGGCUUGGUAACUUGAAAAACCUGGCACCCAGUGCAGAGCUAAACCCUAAUCCAUACCAGUAUGAUCAAAAGGAAGACGCAGAGGAAACUCCAUUUCCAGUGCAUCCUCUCAAAAGGCGAAGUUAUCAUCUACAACCAAAUGUUGUUUGGAUAAAAAAUGCUGGCUUGCAGUCUGAUGUGCAGAAGGUGUUAAGAUAUGCCAAAAAACUACCUGAAAAGCAUUCAGCAUUCUACAAGGAGCUGAAUAGAAUCAGAAAAGCAAGCCUGUGUUACAGCUUCCAUCAGCUUCUGUUUCAUCUAGCAGACUUGCUUGAGAAAGAGGCCAGAAAUUCUUCCAAAGAUGUUGCACGCCAGCUUGCAAAUGCAGCCUCAGAGUUAAGAAUAGCACCAAAAAGAGAUUUAGCAAGAAACAUUGGACCUUUAGAGAGUAGUUCAUGAUAAACUUUCAUAAGCAGAAGGAAAAGACCUUAAUUUAGUACUUGGGAUACAUUGUAAGAUACUUUACUCCUGUAAAAUUUCUGAUAAGAAUGCA